AUGUCGUACUCAUCAGGCUUCAAAAAAAACGAAAGCGCCAUUGCUUCAGACACCGAAGGCGAUGUCGAAAUUUCCGAUAGACCAAACCCUCCAUUGAGAAGAUCGUCGUCGUUGUUUUCGUUGUCUUCCAACCAGGAACCGUUGCCCCGCCCAGAUCCAGAGGACUACAAGAACUUUUUGGACGACAAUCGCCACUUUUCCUUGAUUAGAAACUUGCACAUGGCCGACUUCAUCACCCUUUUGAACGGGUUUUCCGGGUUCUACUCCAUCAUCUCGUGCUUGCGCUUUGCACUCACUGGUCAAUUGCACUAUGUGCAAAGAGCCCACUUUUUCAUUUGCUUGGGCCUUUUUUUCGACUUUUUUGAUGGCCGUGUCGCCCGUUUGAGAAACAAGGCUUCGCUCAUGGGCCAGGAACUCGACUCCUUGGCCGAUCUCAUUUCCUUCAGCGUGUCGCCUGCCAUAAUUGCCUUUGCAAUUGGCUUUAGAUCGACUGUGGACACGCUUAUUUUGGCGUACUGGGUUUUGUGUGGCUUAACCCGUUUGGCCCGUUUCAAUAUCAGCACAAACAACAUUCCAAAGGACAGCACGGGCAAGUCGCAGUAUUUUGAAGGCUUGCCAGUUCCGUCGAACUUGAUUUGGGUCGUCACAAUGGCUAUUUUGGUGUACAGAGGCCUUGUGUUCGACAAGUUGCCUGGAGGCAUGAUUUUUGCCGGCACAUUUGCCGAGUUCCACGCGGUUUCGCUUCUUUUCAUUGUUCAGGGAAGUGCCGAGAUCUCCAAGAGCUUGAGAAUCCCCAAGCCAUAG